CAAGUGGCGCGUGCGCGGGGCGGAGCCUGCGGCCCUUGGCGCGACUCUAGGUUCUCCUUCGGCUCUGGUGGUUGCUCAGUAGCUGCUCGGCGUGGAAGGGGACGGUCCCUGUUUGAGUUAUGGAUUUUGAAAAUCUUUUCUCAAAACCCCCCAAUCCGGCCCUCGGUAAAAAACCUGUCGCCGACUCUGAGGAAAGAACUGAUGAUGAAAUAGCUGGUGCUGAAGUUGAAGAAAGGCAGACAGAGAAAGUAAAACGGAAAGCCAAGCGGGACUGUGUACAAAUUCCCAAGAAAUUUAAGCACCUUGGGAACGCUACAGCAUCACCAAAGAGUUUGCCACGUGUAAAAUCAAGGAGUAAGGACUAUGACCCAUACAGUGAUGGUGAGACCUGCAAUCAGGAAUCAGAAAAUAAUUUUGACAAAGAGCUUCAGCAAUACAUACAAGCCAAAGAAAUGGCAAAUGCUGCUCAACAGUCAGAACUUCCUGAAGAAUCUGUGAAAAAAGAGGGAGCAGAAGGCACCCAGCAGAUUGCCAAACAGAACAAUAAGAAAUCUAAAGCCGGUCACAAGAAAGUUAAACAGAAGAAGAUGAAGCGAAAGUGGCCUGGGACUGGAAACCAAGGGCCGAAUGUUUCCCUGAAGAAGAGUGGCUCCCAAGAAAAGACUGAUGGACCUGAAGAGAAGCAGCCACGUGUAAGGAUGAGUCAAGGCUUCAUCAAUCAGCACACAGUGGAACGUAAGGGGAAGCAAGUUUGUAAAUAUUUCCUUGAAAGGAAAUGUAUUAAGGGAGACCAGUGUAAGUUUGAUCAUGAUGCGGAGAUAGAGAAGAAGAAGGAAAUGUGUAAGUAUUAUGUACAAGGGUACUGCACCAAAGGCGAGAACUGCCUGUACUUGCAUAAUGAAUACCCUUGCAAGUUUUAUCACACAGGAGCAAAAUGUUAUCAGGGCGAUCACUGUAAUUUUUCUCAUGCCCCGCUGACUGCAGAAACACAGGAACUGCUGGCUAGAGUUUUGGAUACUGAAAAGAAGUCAUGUAAAUAGACUAAAAAGCUUGUAUAAAGGACACGUCUAUUCCUGGUCAAGACUUUUGAAGACUGGCAACUUGGAAUAGUUGGAAGGUUCCUCAGUUCACGCACCUUCCUGUGUGGUUGUGAUCACGUGCAGCUCCCAGAUCUAGCACUCAAGUGAAGGGUGGCUCUGCACUGGGGCGCUCCAGCUCCUGGGACGCGAGAGGAGCACGUGCAUGCUGACUGCUGAUGAAUGCGGUGCUGUGCUAGGUUGCAGAAGUCUCUUCCAGUCGAGAUUUCCGUACAGUUUUAUACAAAGAGGCAGAGAGGGGCUAAAUGAGGAUGGGAGAAGUAUAGGAAGGGUGGCGAUAGAGACGUGCCAGGGGACAGUGGGGUGAUAAAAUAAGUUACACCUCUACAUGUCAUUAAAUGCUUUGCACAACAUUUCGAACAAUAAUUCAAAGUUCCAUUUUAUGGUUUAGCAUAGAAUGCGGUUUUGUGAUCUUUUUAAAAACAAUUUUCUGCUGGAUAUCUGUUUUUAAUUAUUCCUGUUAUAAAUAAAGUGGGAUAAUAUCUCUUGC